GAUCCGCCCCUGCUGUGUCCCAGCAGAGGAAGCGUGUUGCGCGCUGCGGCCGUUAGGUGGCGACAGCUGGGAAGCGGUGCGCUCGUGUGUUCCUCAAACAGCGAAACUAUGAGGGCGAUCGUGCAGAGGGUUACCAAGGCGACGGUGACAGUGGGAGAGGAGCAGGUCAGCUCGAUAGGCCGAGGACUGUGUGUUCUGCUGGGUGUGUCUGUGGAGGACACCCAGAGAGAUGCUGACUACAUAGUACGCAAGAUCCUCAACCUGCGGCUGUUCGAAGACGAGAACGGGCGACCCUGGAGCAAAAGUGUUAUGGACCGGGACUUUGAGGUGCUGUGUGUGAGCCAGUUCACUCUGCAGUGCAUACUGAAGGGCAACAAGCCAGACUUCCACUCAGCCAUGCCUGCAGAGCUGGCCCAGCCCUUCUACAACAACAUCCUGGAGAACAUGAGGAGCUCCUACAAGCCAGAGCUCAUCAAGGAUGGGAAGUUUGGAGCCUACAUGCAGGUCAACAUACAAAAUGAUGGACCUGUUACCAUUGAACUGACUUCUCCUUCUGGUCCCACAGACGCCAAACUGCUGUCAAAGCAGGAGAAGCAGCAGCAGAGGAAAGAGAAGACGCGCUCCAAAGGCCCCUCAGAGUCAGGCAGGGAGAAGGGCGCCCCACGUUCCCGACAGGACCCGAACGCCAGUAGUGGAGCAGAGGGUGACGUGUCUUCAGAGAGGGAGCCCUAGGUUAGCAGGUUAUCGCACUGGGGACAUGAUGGUGAACCCAGUUUCCUCAGGAAGGCAUUAAUCCUCAGUGACUUACACCUGAUUGUGGACUGUCCUCCUUCCUCUUUGGAAAUCAGCAGAAUUCUUUUGACCUGUUACAGAACAUCAUCCCCUCGCUGGUGUCCUUGGUCCCUCGUCUUCGGGAUCAGAUAGGGCCCGUUAAGUGUAAACACAGGAGCAAAGAGGAAGUGAGAGAUUGACCAAGAGUUCAUAGAGAGGGAACAUGGGUGAUACGGGAUGGAACAGACAUCAACAGCACUACAUUGUGUGGCUCAGUUGUUUUCUGUGCUUUCCUUCUGUCUUUUUCCUUCUGCCUGUCAGUCCACAUUUAUUUCUAUUUCUGUCUUUUUCUGUCCAUCCGUCUCCUCAGACUCUUCCUACUUGUCUCACUCUUAGCUGACUGUCUCCACAUAAUCUCUUCUUAGGGAUAUGGCACUGACCCUGAAGCAUAGCUGGGCUCCAAGUCCUUGGCUUAGAGUGCGUCAAAAGAUCAUCAGGACAGUGAUAAUGUAACAGCCUUGCAAUAUUGAUUGAAGCAGUGACUGGCAUAGCUACACGUGUAAAAUCAAUUUUAAAAGAUUAUUGUACCUGUGUUAACAGAAUGUAUGUUUAAAGGUCCAACUGAAAUUGCUCCUGCACAGCUCGGCUCUGUAAACUACAUGCUCUUUUCCGUCUUCUGAGAGAAAUGUCUCUGGGUAAAUAGGACAAAUGUUUUCUGGUUAGACACAUAGACUGUAUAUAAAAAUGGGCAAUGUUUCCCCUUGGUACCACUAGAAGGCAAAAUAUCCUGUAAAUGAACAUUGCACAUUAUUGACCAAUCACGACACAUUUUUGUAGCUCUAAGGAAAACAUGGACAUACAUUUGAGUAAUUCGAACUACUUAAAAUAAAGGGAAAACCAUCUUUAGGAAAAUGUUAUUUAACAUGUACUUUGACGUUUUAUUUUGGUUCACGUCAAUCCACUAACAUGGAGGAGGCAGUGGUAAUGACCUAUACUGCAACCAGUCACCAGGGGCAAACAAGGCCCUUUGGCUUCAGGUUAUGGAAGCGGUCAUGUCUUCAAUCUUUAUAUACAGUCUAUGGUAAGACACAGCACAACAAAUAAAAAGCCUUGAAACUUUCAACACCAACCCACAUUAUGUGAGUGGGUUUGUCUCCAACACCUGCACUCUACCUGUGGAGAGGAGCCGGCCAUGCUUCACAUUCAGUGAACCUGUGUGACUGGGCAGACACACAAACACAUUAUCCGGUGUUUACUACUGUAAUGCUUGUGAUUGUUAUGCUGUCCUGCUGUCACUCGACAGAUCUGAAUGUACAUUUUGUUAUUUUAUAAAGACACCAAUAG